CCCAGUUUCGUAUCCUGAACGUUUUGUCACAUAAUUGGAGUAAUGAAAACGCCCCUGUAUCGCCAACAGCAGACAUACAGUAGGGGAUUUUGACAGACCAGACUCGGCAGAGCAGACGUCUCUAAGGGUGUCAUCAGCGUCCGUGAAGAAGGAGAACCUGUUAUCUCCCUCAGACGUCUUUAUUUCCUUAUAGCUGGUUAAUCUCUUCUGUGAUGGAGACCUAAAGUCCACCAGGAGGGAUGUUCCAAUCGGGGGGAGAGGGCUGACCCCCAUACUCAGGGGGGUGGGUGUAUGUGUGUGUGUGUGUGUGCGUUUUUGUUCAGAUUCAUCCUGUUUUACAUUAACACCAAACCCCAUAUCUCAGCCCCAUUACACACAGCCAUGCGUUCAGAGUGGUGUCGGUUGGAGACGGAGAGACAGAGAGACCAGGGUAGAGAGACGGUGAGACCAGGGUAGAGAGACGGUGAGACCAGGGUAGAGAGACGGUGAGACCAGGGGACAGAGACGGUGAGACCAGGGGACAGAGACGGUGAGACCAGGGUACAGGGAAGAAACGGAGAGACCAGGGUACAGGGAAGAGACGGUGAGACCAGGGGACAGAGACGGUGAGACCAGGGUACAGGGAAGAAACGGAGAGACCAGGGUACAGGGAAGAGACGGUGAGACCAGGGGACAGAGACGGUGAGACCAGGGUACAGGGAAGAAACGGAGAGACCAGGGUACAGGGAAGAGACGGUGAGACCAGGGGACAGAGACGGUGAGACCAGGGUACAGGGAAGAAACGGAGAGACCAGGGUACAGGGAAGAGACGGUGAGACCAGGGGACAGAGACGGUGAGACCAGGGUACAGGGAAGAAACGGAGAGACCAGGGUACAGGGAAGAGACGGUGAGACCAGGGGACAGAGACGGUGAGACCAGGGUACAGGGAAGAAACGGAGAGACCAGGGUACAGGGAAGAGACGGUGAGACCAGGGGACAGAGACGGUGAGACCAGGGUACAGGGAAGAAACGGAGAGACCAGGGUACAGGGAAGAGACGGUGAGACCAGGGGACAGAGACGGUGAGACCAGGGUACAGGGAAGAAACGGAGAGACCAGGGUACAGGGAAGAGACGGUGAGACCAGGGGACAGAGACGGUGAGACCAGGGGACAGAGGUGUGUAAGGGAGACCAGGCGACGGGAGAGACAGAGAGACCAGGGUACAGGAAAGAGGUGAAUCGUUGUGGAGUCAUCAGAAGGGGACAGAGUGGUGUUUCCUACUCUGGUGGUAUCAGACAGUGAAUCGUUGUGGAGUCAUCAGAAGGGGACAGAGUGGUGUUUCCUACUCUGGUGGUAUCAGACAGUGAAUCGUUGUGGAGUCAUCAGAAGGGGACAGAGUGGUGUUUCCUACUCUGGUGGUAUCAGACAGUGAAUCGUUGUGGAGUCAUCAGAAGGGGACAGAGUGGUGUUUCCUACUCUGGUGGUAUCAGACAGUGAAUCGUUGUGGAGUCAUCAGAAGGGGACAGAGUGGUGUUUCCUACUCUGGUGGUAUCAGACAGACGGCCCUUUGUAGCUCCGUUAGAUGAGCAUGGUGCUUGCUACGAUAGUGGGUUCGAUUCCCGGGUCCACCCUUAUAUAAAAUGUAUGCAUGCGUAACUGUAAGUCUCUUCGGAUAAAAGCGUUUGCUAAAUGGCAUUUGUUCUUCUAUCACAGACAAACAGUAGCACCAUCUAAUCAUGUGUCUCUGUAGCUUUCUAUUCUCAGUAGAAAAGCCUUUCAUUUACAGGCUGAUGGGACACGUUAGGCAAAUCACUUCUUUCAGCUCACUUGUUCCAGCUUGUGUGAGUGUGUGUGAGUGUGUGUGUGUUUAUUCCCCCUGCCCUGGGUUACUCAUCCCUCUCUCCCUGAGGAGAAUGGUCCUUCCUUUUCUCUAAUUCUACAAACUCUAAAACUCUAGAACUAUAUUAAGAAUCUAGAACUUCAUCUAAAAACUCGAUCUAGAGGCCAUAUCUAGACUCUAUAAUCUGUAUAUCUAGACUCUAGAUAUAUCUAGACUCUAUAACCCAUAGACUCUAUAACCUGUAUAUCUAGACUAUACAACCUGUAUAUCUAGACUCUAACCCGUAUAGACUCUAUAACCUGUAUAUCUAUACUCUGUAACCCGUAUAGACUCUAAUCCGUAUAGACUAUAACCUGUAUAUCUAGACUCUCUAAUCCGUAUAUCUAGACUCUUUAACCCGUAUAUCUAGACUCUCUAACCCGUAUAUAUAGACUCUCUAAUCCGUAUAUCUAGACUCUCUAACCCGUAUAUCUAGACUCUCUAAUCCGUAUAUCUAGACUCUCUAAUCCGUAUAUCUAGACUCUAACCCGUAUAUAUAGACUCUCUAACCCGUGUAUAUAUAGACUCUCUAACCCGUAUAUAUAUAGACUCUCUAACCCGUGUAUAUAUAGACUCUCUAACCCGUAUAUAUAGACUCUCUAACCCGUAUAUAUAGACUCUCUAACCCGUAUAUUAUAGACUCUCUAACCCGUAUAUAUAGACUCUAUAACCCGUAUAUCUAGACUCUAUAACCUGUAUAUCUAGCCUGUCUAACCGGUCUGUAAAUGGACACCCUGGUUCAGCUCCAGAACAGCCCGUUCCUCAUGGGUCUCUGUCGGAACGGAGCUCCAGCAGACCUGCAAUACGACAACUCCUCAGAACUGUUCCGUAUCUCCACCUUCGCCCGGUUUCCGUCAUUGGGGGUAACGGAGCGCAGCCUGGCGAGGGCAGGGUGGUUCUAUACUGGCGUUGGAGACAGGGUGCAGUGUUUCAGGUGUAAUGUGACGGCGGAGGGCUGGCAGACAGGGGACUGUCCAACAGAGAGACACAGACAGCUGUCCCCUUCCUGCUCGUUCAUCCAGACUCUCCCCUCCACAGCCAACCUCCUCUCCUCCUCACACUCUGCCUUCUCUCCUCUACGCAGCGCCCCUGUCAUACCGGUGUCAGGCCCUGGCCCAGCCCCCCUCCCUGUCUCCGCCCCUAAUCCUGCCCCCAACCCGGUGCCGGGGGAGGAGCCUGUUGGAUAUUUGAAUAUGGGGUUCUCUGCCCCGCCCCCCUCCAGCCCGCUGAGCUCCAGAGGAGUAGAGGACAUGUCCCACCAGAGACCCCCAACCUGUCACAACCCCAGUAUGAGGAGAGAGCAGGACCGUCUGGACUCCUUCCACUCCUGGACCCUGUCCAUCAUCACCCCCUCUGAGCUGGCUAAGGCUGGCUUCUAUUACCUGGGACAGGGAGACCGCGUGGCCUGCUUCACCUGUGGAGGACAGGUACUAUACUACUACUAUACUAUACUACUACUCUAUAGUACACACUAGCCUUUGAGCAAGCUA